AACUCGUGAGCCGAGUGAAUCACACCAGUGUGGAAGUUGAAACCGACCAGUUUCACAGCAUUUCACUUGAACGAACCAACAUUUUAACAGACAUUUUAAUCGGGCUGCCUGGAAGUAGGCUAGACCUACAGACUGUCGAUCAACUUUCUGGACGUGUACAAUCCAGUGUAAAACAGAAAACUAAAGCGCCUGCUACUAGUGAAAACGUUUGAAGGAUCAUCUUGAAGCGCUUCUCAACAAAGAGUAAUAUUUUAACCUACAAACUGUGCUGCGUCUGGUUAAGACGGGAUAUUGGAAUUAUUUGGGUAUAUUCAAAGACUUUAAAAUGGUCUCCACGCGUCUUGUGGUGAUCUGGAGCUGUUUCCUACUAUGUUUGCAGAGAAGUCUCGCAGACGUCACAGACCAAAGCUGUACCAAGACAUUUGAGAAAGGCCAAGACAACUUUGUCCUAAAUACGGUCGACUCCGUGAAGGAGGGAGCAACAUAUAUUGAUGCGCUGAAGGUGAGCCCCAAGGAAUGUGUCGCUGCCUGUUGUCGAGAUCUGAACUGUAACCUGGCAUUGAUCAACAAAACUGGCGUUGAGCAGGAUCUACCAGAUUGUUUCCUCUUUGAUUGCUUGUACAAGCAGAAGUAUGUGUGCAGAUUUGUGAGAAAGGAUGGCUUCAUCAAUUACAUCCUUGACUCCGUCUAUGACAACUACCUGGAUGGACCAACAACUGACCCAGGUGAAGAUGACAAGCAUCCCAUCGCUGACGCGGGGCAGGACAUGGUGGUCCAGCCCAAUGAAAUAGUCACCCUAAAUGGACACCAGAGCUGGGAUGACGAUAACAUCAUCAGUUACAUGUGGAGCCAGGUGUCAGGAGACCCCUCUGUGAAGAUGCAGAAAACUAAAUUAAAGGACCAAAUCGAGCUGUCCAACCUAAAGCCCGGUGUGUAUAAGUUUGAGCUGAAGGUCACCGACACCAGUGAUCAGACAGAUACUGCACAGGUCACUGUUCUAGUCUUGACACCUGAGCAGUCUGAGGGUCAGUGUCUGGCCCCUAAGAAAGUGGGCCCCUGUCGCGGGUCUUUCCCCCGCUGGAACUACAAUGCUGUGACUGACCAGUGUGAGGAGUUCAUGUUUGGUGGAUGCAAGGGCAACCGCAACAAUUACCUGUCCGAGAAGGAGUGCACUGAUGCCUGCAAAGGUGCCUCAGCUGUUGCAUCUGGAAGGACUAUCACUCCAGCAACUGAAGUGUGUGGGAAGAUGUGCCAGGCGGAGCAGUUCAGGUGCGAUAACGGCUGCUGUCUGGACAAGACUCUGGAGUGUGACGAAGUGGCCCAGUGCAGUGAUGGCUCAGACGAGGCUGACUGCAGGGAGUUGAAUAACACUCUUACCCGGCUGUUGGACGUGGAUUUGAACAAAUGGAAAGCUCGUUGCACGGAACCUCCGGUCACUGGCCCGUGUCGAGCAAGUAUGACCCGAUGGUACUACGACCCUCUCAGCCGCAAGUGCCAUCGUUUCAACUACGGUGGCUGCAGCGGCAAUGACAACAAUUUUGAGCAAGAGGAUGACUGCAUGGACCGCUGCAAAUCUGUCACAGAAACUGAUGUCUUUGCUCGAGGGCUGUUUGAGCGUCAUGAGCAAGAAGAAACACAGUCAGGGUCCGUUGCCAUAGCAGUGGUGCUGGGUGUGUGCAUCCUGGCCAUCCUGGCCUUGCUGGGCUACUGUUUCCUGAAGGAGCGCAGGAAGAAGGGUCAGCACAUGCGUGUGGCCACCAACGGCGCCCAGCUCCCACUGACGGACGACUCCGAACACCUGGUUUACAAGGCUACUACCAAGCCUGUCUGAGAUGCUACAUUGGUUUGGGCCUCAAAUGUUAAGUGUGUGUGUGUGUGUGUGUGUGUGUGUGUGUGUGAGAAAGUAUGUGUCAUCCACGCAAGUAAAUGCACAAUAGUUUUAGCACGAUUUGUGUUGGCUGUCUGAUUCUUCUCACUCUGUGUGUGCUCAUUAGUUUUGAAUUGGACUAGAGCAGGGGUGUCAAACUCCUUUCAGGGGCCACAUACAGCCCAUCUGAUCUCAAGUGGGCCGGACCAGUGAAAUAAUUGCAAAACAUCCUUUGACAACUCCAAAGUAGGCUAUGCUUUACCCUUCAGCCUACAUUUGUAGCCUACAUAAUCACAAGGGAUGUAUUAGAUUAUUACACAUUUAUUCAGAGAGGCCAAUGAAAUCGAAAUACAAUGCAUUUCACUCUCAUAAACAACUGGUUUAUUUUUAUAGUUGCGUGGAUAGGCCUACAUUUUUACAUCUGACCACCUGAACCAACUCACCACACUAAACUCAAGUGGGAGCUACGAAGAAAGUUAACAUCCUGCCUUAAAAAUGUAAAUGUGCAAAUGUAUGAAAAAUAAAAUGAAUUUAACAAACAUAAGUUAGCAGUGCAUGAGCAAUACGAUCAACUGAUACGAUUAGGUUACAUCAGAUCAAAUAAUUUUGAAGGCUAGGUGGCGGUGCUGUGUAAUAGGCUAUCCACCAUAAAGGCCAGAUCCUGCACCCAUUGCUACUGGUCUGCCUUUUUUCUUCAAGAACUGUCCAAUUUACUCUCGUAGUUCAAAGAAACGCUUGAGUACGGCACCUCGGCUUAACCACCGUACUACAGCGUGGUAUGGUAAGCCAGACAGAAUGCCAUUAUCACUGAGAAAACAGUCAAACUGACGGUGAGUCAGACCUCGCGACCUGAUUAAAUUUACAGUUUGCACAACCACACUUUAACAUGAUCCAAGUUUAGUGUUUUACAACACAACACUUCCUGG